CCGCGCCGGGGUCCGGGGCAGUGCGCGCCGAGUGACCUCCGCUUCAUCGACGCAGGGCGAGCGGACGGGAAGCCUGCGGUCUCGGUCCUGGUUCCGGGAGCCCGGGAGCCGGGUGGCCGCCUAGCGAUGAACACGGAGGCCGAGCAGCAGCUCCUGCAUCACGCCCGGAACGGCCACGCCGCCGAGGUGAGGAGGCUGCUGGAGACCGUGCGGAAGGAGGAGGCCGUGGCCGACAUCAACUGCAAAGGAAGAAGUAAGUCUAACCUGGGCUGGGCCCCUCUUCACCUGGCCUGCUACUUCGGACACAGACAAGUGGUCCAGGACCUGCUGCAGGCGGGAGCGGAAGUGAACGUUCUGAACGACAUGGGCGACACGCCCCUUCACCGAGCGGCCUUCACGGGGCGAAAGGAGUUGGUAAUGCUUCUUUUAGAACAUAACGCCGAUCCCACCGUUGUUAAUGGGAGUGGACAGAGAGCCAAGGAAGUCACUCACGACAAAGAAAUCAGAAACAUGCUCGAAGCCGUAGAAAGGACUCAGCAAAGAAAGCUUGAAGAGUUACUUUUAGAAGCAGCAAGAGAAGGAAAAACAGCAGAACUCACAGCUCUGCUCAACAGCCCCAACCCUCCCGACGUCAACUGCGCGGACCAGUUAGGGAACACGCCCCUGCACUGCGCGGCUUACCGGGCCCAGAGGCACUGCGUGCUGGCGCUGCUGAAGAGCGGGGCGGACCCCAACCUGCGGAACAGGAACGACCAGAAGCCGCUGCAGCUGGCCCAGGGCGCCGACGUGAAGCAGCUCCUCGCGGGGAACAAGGCCCUGUACCGAGCGCUGAGGCCGUUCGAAGGUCCCCUCUGGAAGAGCUCGCGGUUCUUCGGCUGGAGGCUGUUCUGGGUGGUGCUGGAGCACGGCGUCCUGUCCUGGUACCGGAAGCAGCCCGACGCCGCUCGUAAGAUUUACCGCCAGGGGUGCAAGCACCUCACGCAAGCCGUGUGCACGGUCAAACCCAGUGACAGCUGCCUCUUCUCCGUUAAAUGCUUCGAUGACACCGUUCACAGCUUCAAGGUCCCUAAGAACAGCCCUUCGCAGGCAAGAGAGGACUGGCUGGAGGCGAUCGAGGAGCAUGCGGCCUACAGCACGCACUACUGCUCCCAGGACCAGGUGCCGGACGACGAGGAGGAGGAGGAGGAGGCGGGCUCUGCCGGGGACCUGCAGGAGUCCCUGGAGAAAGCGCAGGCAUGCCGGCAGCGCCUCGAUGGGGAACUCUCCAGCUUUCUCCAGAUGAUGAAGGAGUGUGAUGUGGCUAAAGAGAUGCUGCCGUCAUUUCUUCAGAAAGUCGACGUCGUCUCCGAGGCUUCGAGGGAGACCUGUGCGGCGCUGAGCGAUUGCCUCACGCUCCUCACCAAGCAGGAAGGGGUGAGGAGCUGCAGGUUGGCGCAGGAGCAGGAGAAAACCAAGAUCCUGUCCGAGGCCCUGGAGGCGCUGGCCACGGAGCACCAUGAGCUAGAGCAGUCGCUGGUGGCCGGCUCCCCGCCCAGCGUGCUCAGCGAGGACGAGUUCUACGAUGCGCUGUCAGAUUCCGAGUCCGAGCGGUCGCUGAGCCGGCUGGAGGCGGUGACCUCGCGCUCCCGUGAAGAGGAAGGGCAGCGUCCGGUCCCAGGAGAACACAGGAUGUCGGAGGGGAAGGACUGCGGCGGGGGCGACGCGCUCUCCAACGGCAUCAAGAAGCACAGAACGAGCUUGCCGUCCCCCAUGUUUUCCAGAAACGACUUCAGCAUCUGGAGCAUCCUCCGGAAGUGCAUCGGGAUGGAGCUGUCCAAGAUCACCAUGCCCGUCAUCUUCAACGAGCCCUUGAGCUUCCUGCAGCGCCUCACCGAGUACAUGGAGCACACGUACCUCAUCCAGAAGGCCAGCUCGCUCUCCGACCCCGCCGAGAGGAUGCAGUGUGUGGCCGCGUUCGCCGUGUCCGCGGUGGCCUCGCAGUGGGAGCGCACGGGGAAGCCCUUCAACCCGCUGCUGGGAGAGACGUACGAGCUGGUCCGAGAUGACCUUGGUUUCAGACUCAUCUCCGAGCAGGUCAGCCAUCACCCGCCCAUCAGCGCCUUCCAUGCCGAGGGGCUGAACAACGACUUCGUCUUCCACGGCUCCAUCUACCCCAAACUCAAGUUCUGGGGCAAGAGCGUCGAGGCAGAGCCCAAAGGGACCAUCACCCUCGAGCUUCUCCAACACAACGAGGCGUAUACGUGGACAAACCCGACCUGCUGUGUGCACAACAUCAUCGUGGGGAAGCUCUGGAUCGAGCAGUACGGCACCAUGGAGAUCACCAACCACAGGACCGGGGACAAAUGUGUGUUGAAUUUCAAGCCAUGUGGCCUUUUUGGGAAGGAAUUACACAAAGUUGAAGGCUACAUUCAAGAUAAAAGCAAAAAGAAGCUCUGUGCCCUCUACGGGAAGUGGACCGAAUGUCUGUAUAGUGUCGACCCCGCCACGUUCGACGCCUUCAAAAAAAACGAUAAGAAGAACACUGAAGAGAAGAAGCACAGCAAACAGAUGAGCGCGUCUGAGGAGUCGGACGAGAUGCCGAUGCCCGAUUCUGAGAGCGUGUCUGUCAUCCCCGGGAGCGUCCUCCUGUGGCGGAUAGCCCCCCGGCCCCCCAACUCCGCGCAGAUGUACAACUUCACCAGCUUCGCCAUGGUGCUGAACGAAGUCGACAAGGACAUGGAGAGCGUGAUUCCCAAGACGGACUGCCGGCUACGGCCCGACAUCAGGGCCAUGGAGAACGGGGAAAUCGAUCUCGCCAGUGAAGAGAAGAAACGCCUGGAGGAGAAGCAGAGAGCCGCGCGCAAAAACAGGUCCAGGUCGGAGGAGGACUGGAGGACCAGGUGGUUCCAUCAAGGCCCCAACCCCCACAACGGGGCGCAGGACUGGCUCUACUCGGGCAGCUACUGGGACAGAAACUACUCGAACUUGCCUGACAUUUAUUAAAGUGCGGACAAGUCAGGGCGUGGGGCUAAUCUACAGAUCCGUCUUAAACCUGUGUUUUUAAAUGUUUUUCUUUGGUUUCUACUCAUCUUUAAAAAAAAAAAAAAAAAGAAAAACCCCGUUCAUCACUUGCAUUUCACCCCCCAAAAAUAGGGCACAAGGUGACCUCGGUGAUGGAAGUCUUACAGAAAAUGGGUACUUUUGCUACUGAACGGGCUGACUUGGGUGCUGUUGUAUACAGAGGUCAGAGGAACUGCGGGCGGGCGUGCUUUAUGGCGGCUUCGCCGCAGUUGCGGGAGGUGGAUACCUGAAUGUAAUUCAGCUUUAUGAAAUUAUAUACCUACAUGUAACUUAGCUUUAUAAAAUUAUAGAGUUAUUUUGGCUACUUUAUGCUGUUGGGCUUGAAUGUUUUAGAUGUGACUUCGAGAUGCGUCGGCCUCUCCGUACACAGCUCGCUGCUCAGAUGCAGAGAGAGACGUGGGUGAGAGGCCUUCCCACUGGGCCGGCCCAGCCCCUCCCUGCACACAGGCCAGGCCUGCGGGGUCAGAAGGGCGCUGGGCCUUGAGAAUUCCAAUGAAUUGAACUGAAAGGUCUUCACUUUGCUUAUUGUAAUGCUGAGUUUACUUUUACAAUUCUGUAACCAGCCAUUAGAAUUAAGAAGUGUUUAAUGGUCCAUGUUCAAAUUGAAAAUAUGUAUGAACUCUAGCAAUUCACAAAAAUGCCCUAGAAAUAGAUUUUAAUCACCGUUAUUACAUAAUGACUCGACCUGGUGGCGUGCCGCCGGGGAAAUUAAGUUGCACUCGUGUAUUACACGCAUCUAUCUGUGGAGCAGGCGGUCCUGUGCAUUCAGGUUUGCAGGCCCCUGUGUACUUACGACACGUGGAGACCUGCUGUACAGUAGCCUGGCCCCUUUAAUUGGGGCACAUUAACCUUCUAUUUAUCCACCAACCCCAGGCUGAGCUAUUGCUCGGGGGUCUUAGGUAGCUGCCAGUAAAUUAUUUUCGUUGCUGUCUUGAAGUUAACAAGUGUUAUAAUGAAAUAAUCUACCUGAUGCAAAAUAAAGGCUUUAGAAUGUUCAAAAA